AUGUACGACGGAGUGCUGAAGCUGUGCCUCCCCAGGGGCGUGAAGUUUGUCAGUUUUGAGGACGACCUGGUGCUCCUAGUGAUCGGCGAUUCACUAGAGGAAGUAGAACUACUCGCCACGGUGGCGAUAUCGGUUGUGGAAGACUGGAUGUGCGAGAAGAAUUUUGCGUUAGCUCACCACAAAAUCGACUUGGUUUUGAUAAACAACCGAAAGGCAGUGCAUCAGGCUAGAAUUUCGGUCGGAGAGUGUAUCAUCGACUCAAAACGGGAAGGAGUGAUAGACAAUCGGCUAAGUUUUGAUAGCCACAUCGACUACGCAUGCGGGAGGGCCGAAAAAGUAAUCUUGGCACUAUCUCGGAUCAUGCCCAACAAUUCAGCGAUCAGCAGCAAUAAAAAGCGACUACUGGUGAGCGUCUCCACAUCGGUGCUCAGAUACGCAGGACCUGAUCGAGAUCUGAUGAUCAGAUCUCGGCUGAACAGUACGUUAAGGCUGAUGGCUAUGCGGGCGUCUAGCGCGUAUCGAACUAUCUCGUCAGAGGCAGCUUAUGUGAUAGCUGGAACGAUUUCCGUGAAUCUUCUACUCGAAGAAGUUAACAAGUGUUAUAGGAAUCGCGGUACGAGAAGAGCCCGUAAACGAGCCCGAACUGAUACUUUAUUGUGCAGAUACGAACAAGGCCUGGAGGACUACGACGAGGCGGCAGAGCGGCUUGAACGAGAAAAGAAACGUCCCGGGUUUCAGCAACAGUACAACACGGUGGUGCAACCAUUCCUAACGCUGUUUAAUGUGGUAAGCAGCGCUUUAUCGUACGGAAGAUCGAUGGGAACGACGGGUUUUGGGUUGGAUAGAGCUAGCAUCCUAGGAACGAUUCGUGGGCUUAGCGAAGGAAGCAGCAUCGGUGCUGGCAAUGAUCAGACUGCGGACAUAAAUAGUGAAAAAUCAACAGGCAACGAUGGUGAUGCGGAUAAGCAAAGAGAAAACUCGACUGCCGUGGCAACCGUUGAAGGCAGAUACAUCAAGGGAGACCCGUUGAACGGAUACUAUGACUUUGUUAUCUCCGAGGGAUCGUACAAAUUCUGGGCUGUUUUCCAGGUUGCGACAGCUAUUCUGAUCAUCUACUCCACUUUCGCUGCGAUUUAUUACUCGAAAGUAAGUCCGCUGACAUCGGAUUACGACUAUAUCGACUACCUCAACGGCGGUAGAUCAUUCGCCGGCGCACGACCUAUGAGUGGAGCGAGUGAUCCGUGGGACCGGCUGCUCAGUAAACCAUGGUUCAACGUUGCCACCCGGUCGUUUGGCUUCGUGAUGGAUGCAAUUGAGAGAGUGCCGAAAUAAUUCUGCUAACUGGUGUUGAAAUGCUUGGAUAAUUUUUAUGAAACAUUUGACACCGACGAACCUACGAGCUUUUUGUUGAGGAGUUGGUUUUCGAAUGUUUCAUCUGAAUAUCAAAUCAUACUACUGCUAGGAAAAACUAAGCAAUCAAUUGUAGUUAAGUAGGUACAGCAUAGAACUAAGUAUGCAGUCUGUGAACUGUCGAAAGAGCACCAUAGCUCUUGAGGUGGAAUGCAUGUUGGACGUAGAUAGCUAAAAGCUUAUAGAACAAUACAAUGAAUAGUUUGAGUUAAUAUUUAAGCAGUUAUUAGGAUUUAUUCUUAAAUUUUAUUUAUGACAUCAUUGAGCAUAUGAAUCAAAUCCAUCAGCUAAUUAGCUCCAGGUUAUAGAGAUGAGAGAUGAAACUUGAAACAUCUCUCUACAUGGAUUUGAAUGUUUUGAAUCAACUUUUGCAGGAGCCGAUAUAUCAUAUAUUAAAUUACCUCACAUAUUGCUAAAAAGUUAGUAUAAAAAUGAUUACCAAAUACGUUAUGAAUAAUUUUAGCGAAAUUGUUCAAAUUGUUUAAUGCAAAUGCUGCGACAUAAUGCAAUUUAUGGCACAAAUCUUAAGAUAACUAUUUCGAUAAAUAUAUUCUGCAAAGAGUUAAGGAGCAAAUGUCCAACUGACCGACUUGUUAAGAGGAGGGGUGGGUGUAUUUCCGGUGAAGCUGAUUGUAUUCUCGGUGAAUUUUUGGCAAUAUAAUGCAACAUUUUCCUAUAUUUUCAGCGUAAAAAAUAUUGAAAAUAUUAAGAAAAUAUUGGUCAAUUGUUGCAUUAAUACAUACAUGGAAAUUAAAUGAACAUACUAACACACUCUGUACCGCCACAAAAAAUAAUGUAAAAAGAUGCUUUAUUAAUGAAUUAAUAUUAACACCCCACCCGCCUGCAGGCGGCCAUGGCCUCUAAAAAAAGAAAGUAAAUCAAGAGAGGCUCGCAUUUGCACACAGGACCAUUUGAAUAAUUUAGCUAGAACUCAGACUCAAUAUCUAUUUUUGGCCAUCUUGAAAUUCCAGGGCUAAAAUUUCGAUUUAUUAUUUCCUCGUAAUGAAAGAAGUAUUGUUGCUAUAUUGAGAAUAAUCGUCGUGACUAUUUCUUCGACCUCUCCGAUAUUCUCCGAAAUUAUCGAGAUCUCCAUCCUCGCACUGUAGAGCUGUUCUAUAGCGAAAUAUUAAAAAUGUAAAACGUGAUCAUUUAAGAUAAUUCCAGAAUUGCU